AUGCGACACAGGAUCGCGGGGUUCGUUGGACCAUGCUGGUACUUGGCUGUCCUAGGUGAGGCCCGCCGGCUCAUUGAAUAUAUUCGACAGAGCGAAGAAAUUUUGAGUGAAGAGCUCCACCUCGACAAAGACUUGUGGAUAUCGCGGAUUGUUUGCCAAGAUCAUUGGUACCUGUCACAUAUCAGCAAUUCACCAAUUGAGGCAACUGAAGGAAUGGAAGUUUUCCAUGUACAGCUACCCCAGACCAUUCACAAAAUUAUCGCUUCAACGGACCACAUUGGUGUGCGUUGGAUCCAGUUUCUCGACCGUGAAGCUACUCCGACACAAGAUCAGUCACCAUGGUACGAGAUAUACGACGUGGAAAAUUUAAAACCAAAGCUGGGGGAUGUCCGUACUCGUCUCAUAACAAAGGAGAUUAAAAUCUACGAUGACGAAGAAACACGUCUCUGGCCGUUGACGUGGACCUCCCCAAUUACGCCCAUUUUCCACCCAUUAGCAGGUAUCAUACAUCACGACUUACAGAUGGCUAAACUCCACCAUAUGAAAUUUGGAAGCCAAGUAAAAGGCAUUCUUGUCGUCUGCGAUGGCCCUGUUGACAUAGUCGGGAUCCACAACUUCUCGGGCCGCAACAAAGCAUUCUGGGAGUUUCUCGAACAGGUGCAUGCCCGUAGAGAGCCAUGGAUGAACCCAUCUUUAUACUGGUUCUAUUUUCCGUUGAAUGACCAAGAGAACAUCCAAGGGGUUUGGGCUCGGAAGUGGGAAGACCCCGCCAGUCGAACAAACAUUGAUGGUUUGAUUGUAAGUGCUCCCAUCCCAUGGCUGAUCUCAGGGACUGACCGGCUAGGUACAUACAUCCUUCGGGAGAGACAUGACAUUCGGAGCAUAUCCGGAAUAAUUCACGAUGGCAUGGAUUUAAGCCCCCACAGCAUUGCGGUGUAUGGGGUUACCCGCCAUAACUCACAUAAUGGCGAGACUCCAGCCUCGUGCCUAAUACGUUACCCCAUUGGGCCUCCAGGGGCCCAUCCCGGCGUCGGCCUCGUACCAUGGUAUAUGACCAAGGCCACAUUAAGGGGCGUGACUAAGGUACAAGUGUGCAGGGACCGGACGCAGUCGCAUCAUCCCUGUCUGGGUAUUUUGAUGUUCUAUGCCGAUGGUCACGUCGAGGCCAAUGGACAGAUUCGCUGGGAUUAUGGACUGGACGAAGAGAUAUGCAGUCCUUUCGUAGUCGCCUCAGGGGCGGUUAAUGAAAAGGACACUAUCAAGGACAUCCGAAAUGCAGAGGACCCAGUAGUGGCCACUGUGCAUCGAGGUGAAUGGAGACUUCUGCCUAGUCAUGGGAUACUCGGAUGGUGGUUUAGCGAGUUGGGCGAUAGACUUGUGGUUUACUAUUAG